GCGGAGCAGCUCCUCCACGCCAUCCUGCACGACCCCGGUCCGUUCACGGUGUGAGACCGGAAACUCGUACCGGGUCAGUGCGAUGUGGACGACAGCGCCACAGCGCCACCUGCAGGAUGGGAGGCGCCAGGCAGCGGAAGUGGCGCAGCAGCUUCCGCCGCUUGUGUUGGGGUGGUUCUGCGCAGCUCGGCUCGGUCCAGAGCGGCAGCUGUCGUGGUACCGGAGCCGGACGUUCGUGAGAGACGGUGACUGCAGCAUGGCGGCGCCGGUUGUGUCGGCGGGCAGCCUCGGGAACAGCCCCACCGCGGCGGGCGGGAGGCUCCCGCACGGCGGCGGGCCCGACCUGGACUUCAGGUCGGGGGCCCGGAUGGAGGACCUGAACCGGCUGAUCCAGGAGUUCAGCAAGCACGACCAGCGGGAGUACGACGACCAGCGGGCGCUGGAGAUCCACACGGCCAAGGACUUCAUCUUCUCCAUGCUCGGGAUGGUCCAGAAGCUGGACCAGAAGCUCCCAGUGGCCAAUGAGUACCUGCUCCUGUCGGGGGGAGUCCGGGAGGGCGUGGUAGACAUGGACCUGGACGAUCUGAAUGUCUACGCCCGCGGCACAGACUACGACAUGGACUUCACCCUGUUGGUCCCGGCGCUCAAACUGCACGAUCGGAACCAGCCAGUGACGCUGGACAUGCGGCACUCGGCUCUGGGCCACUCGUGGCUCAGCCUCCGCCUCUUCGAUGAAGGAACCAUCAACAAGUGGAAGGACUGCUGCACCAUCGUGGACCACAUCAACGGCACCACCAACUACUUCUUCUCCCCGACGCUGGUGGCCGACUGGUUUUACCAGUCUAUCUCUCUGGUGCUACUGGAGGUGCAGAAGAAGCCCCAGAGAGGGAUGCCGAAGGUGGAGAAAGUGGAGAGGAACGGAACCAUCAUCUCUGUGAUCCUGGGCGUGGGCAGCAGCCGGAUGCUGUACGACAUCGUCCCCGUGGUGUCCUUCAAAGGCUGGCCGGCCGUGGCGCAGAGCUGGCUGAUGGAGAACCAUUUCUGGGACGGCAAGAUCACCGAGGAGGAGGUCAUCAGCGGCUUCUACCUGGUCCCCGCCUGCUCCUUCAAGGGCCGCAAGGAGAACGAGUGGCGCCUGUCGUUCGCCCGCAGCGAGGUGCAGCUGAAGAAGUGCAUCUCGUCCAGCCUGAUGCAGGCGUACCAGGCCUGCAAGGCCAUCAUCAUCAAGCUGCUGUCGCGCCCCAAAGCCGUCAGCCCCUACCACCUGCGCAGCAUCAUGCUGUGGGCCUGCGACCGCCUGCCCUCCAACUACCUGUCGCAGGACGACUUCUCCGCCCACUUCCUGCUGGGCUUGAUCGACGACCUGCAGCACUGUCUCGUCAACAAGAUGUGCCCCAACUACUUCAUCCCCCAGUGCAACAUGCUGGAGCACCUGUGCGACGAGACCGCCAUGCUCCACGCCCGCAAACUCUCCUCGGUGCGCUCCGAUCCGGCCGAGCACCUGCGCACCACCAUCGAGCACGCCAAGGCCGCCAACAGGCUGACGGUGGAGCUGCAGUGGCGGGGCAGCUCCACCAACCUGCCGUCUCCACAGUCCGACGCGGGCGGGGAGAACCAACCGGACGACCGGCUGGCCAAGAAGCUCCAGCAGCUGGUGACGGAGAACCCCGGCAAGUCCAUCUCGGUCUUCAUCAACCCGGACGACGUCACGCGGCCGCACUUCCGCAUCGACGACAAGUUCUUCUGAGACUGAGCCCCUCCCCCGUCCUGCCCCGCCCCCGAUGCCCCGCCUCCUCUGGUUUUUGUACUUUUUUAUGUUCCUGCCGCAGAGUGAAGUGAGGUGAUCGUGUAGUUUACCACCGUUUUUUAUUUGGUAGUUUUUAUUUUUGUAUUCCCGCCCCUCCUCCCGCUCUCACUGUGUGCCCGUCUUCUCACCUGCUGAAGGCCUUUCCGAACAUCAGCAGGGUGUUCUCAAAGAAACCGGGACCGGGGUCCACCCAGAACCGAGCUGCCGGUAAAACCGCCUCUAGAAACUUUGUUCCUUCUGAAGGUCUCCAGAACAAUCCGAUCAGUCAAUCCAAAGCUGGAGUUCUGAUCCAGCAGAGGAGCCAGAAAAUGGCAGAUGUUGGGUCUCCAGAACCAGAACGGGCCGGAGUCUACAGACUCCUGGCUGUGAGGAGCUUCAGGAGGACGCGGCAGCUUCGGUUCUGGAGGUGGACGUCUGUCUUUCUGAGGAAUGUCUUCGCCCCGCCGGGCCUCGAUGGUACUAACGUCUUAGAGCUAACUGUAAAUAGAACACGGACCGGACCGGACGGUCCAACGAUGAUUUUGUCUAAUUUUGCACAGAAUGUACAAACACUGCUGUUCCUGCUGAUUGUGGACGUUCUGAAAUGUCAUACUGUGGUGGGCGGGCGGCUCCGGACCCGAGGGCGGUCGUGCACGGCUCACGGGUAGAGCCCAGCAGCCUCACUGCUGCUCCCUCACAGAAAUCCCUUCUACACCCAUGACCUCAGACUUACCUGUGCAGCAGGUGUGCGGACACAGUCCACCUCCUGGAGCCUGUCGAGCGCCUGGACCAGAAAGAAUGUUUUUAUGAAUCGUUUCCAGCAACUGAAAGUCUCCUCUCUGGGGUCAUGCUUCUCGGUGUAGAACCUCGAAGAACCCAGAAUGAUCAGAAUCAGCUCCACCUGGAUUCUGACCCGCCUGACGUCCAACAAAUCACUUUUUUAAUGUGUGGAUUCAGAGGAUCAGCAAGUUCUGCUGUCGUCUCACUGCAGUCAGGACCGGCUGGUGGGACGUCCAGGACGAUGGUCGCCUCUAAACCAGAACCAUUUGGUCUAAGGAUACAAGGAUUCUUCAUGAGUUGGUAAAACAAACGAUUCAAACUCGACAAAAUAUGAAAAAAUGUAAAAAUUA